AAAUUGAAAUCACUAGGGAAAUGGUACUGAGCAAAUUGAUGGAGCUGCAGGCUGGCAAGCAUCUGGGUCCCGAUGGACUACAUCCUAGGAUCUUGUAAGAGUUGGCUAAUGAGGUAGAUGAUAUGCCAAGAUCAGCAUUUACUAAUGUUUCAGCAUCGUUUCCAAAACAUAGUCAACAGGUCCUCUGCAAGAGUGGCACAGGGCAAAACUCGAGGCCAAUUCCUAUUGACAAGAGUGGAAAUCCUCAACAUGCAGAAAGCAUUGAAGUUAAAUGCUGUAGGUAAGACAUGCCUACUCAUCAGCUACACCACCAAUGCAUUCCCUGGGGAGUACAUCCCAACAGUAUUUGACAACUAUUCUGCUAAUGUUAUGGUAGAUGGGAAACCAGUGAAUUUGGGACUCUGGGACACAGCAGGUCAGGAAGAUUAUGACCGACUCCGACCCCUCUCUUACCCACAGACGGAUGUGUUUUUGAUCUGCUUUUCACUUGUGAGCCCAGCAUCCUUUGAAAACGUCAGAGCAAAGUGGUACCCAGAGGUGCGGCAUCAUUGUCCAAACACACCAAUAAUCCUGGUAGGAACAAAGCUGGAUUUGCGGGAUGAUAAGGAUACCAUUGAAAGGCUAAGAGAUAAAAAGCUGGCUCCCAUUACCUAUCCACAGGGAUUGGCUAUGGCCAGAGAAAUAGGUGCUGUGAAGUAUCUAGAGUGCUCUGCUCUUACCCAGAGAGGUUUGAAAACGGUCUUUGAUGAAGCAAUUCGAGCCGUGCUGUGCCCACCACCCGUGAAAAAGCGUAGAAAGAAGUGCACUGUUUUCUAGGAAGAGAUCGUGCAAGGAACCAUACCUUCAUAACAACACAAUCUGCUGGUAUUUUAUCCAAAUCGUGGCCCUGUGUGGAAUCAGACUGCGGAAGAGAGUGUUCUUCGUGUCGCCUCUCUCUUGAGUUGGAACAGUUAGCCUUGAGAGUUAAGUCCUGAAGUCAGUAAUUAUUCUGUUAGCGCUGUGUUGGAUUUUGUGUGAGGCAAUGUGGCUGUCUUCAUGAGUGGACUCCAUCAUUUUUUUUAAGCUGCAGUAUCCCCUCUUUUGGUAGCUUCUAUCCAGCUUGAGUCCAAUGAUGUUCAAGCUGAUACUACCAUUGUGGAAACAGUAUUUAAUGGGUCUUUUCAUCUUUGUGAACUUAAUUCUUUAAUUUUAAUUUGUUACAUAACUGACUCACAACUUGAGCAACAUCAGAUUCUGCUAUUUGCUGCCCCUGUUGUUCCUCUUUAUUUACCAUUUCACUGACUGAAAGUGAACUCCGAGGACUGAACAAUAGCUGUUCAUGCCCUAUUCUAUUUAACUGUCUUUUUUAAGUCCACUGUGUUGCUGGCUAGUAUCAUUUGUUAGUGCUCAUUGGUCCAUAUUGCCAGUUAUUGAAGUCAAGACAUGCAACCAUUUGCAAUUUUCUUAAAUCGACUAUUUUGAAUAAAGAUAUACAUUCAGCAGGUUUUUCCCUUUAUCUUAAGUACAGUACGUGGAAGUACAUUAAGAUUGUUGUCUAGAAUGGACUUUUUUUUGCAUGGACUUAAUUGUAACCAUGUCUUGUUACGGAAAAUCAAAAUGAGGGGUACUGCAGUGUUAAUUAUUGUAGAGAUACUUUUUGACCUUUGUAAGCAGCUAGAUAAUACGGGAUCAGAGUGCAGCAUGGGCAAAAGUGCAAAUUUAAAGGGGAGGGGGGGAAGGCUUGUGUAUGUGAAAGACUUGUGUAAAAAGGCUUUCUGCUGGUUAUGUAAAGUCAGUGUUUAACUGUUGUAUUCAUUAACUUUAUUACAACACUAGCAGACUUGUGUUUUGAUAAAAUAAUUGAUCAGGGUUUCUCCUUCAUUCUAAAUAUUACAAGUAAAUUGUAGAAAUUGCCAGAUGCAGUGUCCAACUAGCGAUGCAGCAUUUGCUUGUUCCAGCUGGUACUAACAAAAAAAGUUUUGCCAAUUUGGCAUCUUUAUUUAUAGCACUGGCCUGCAUGAUUUGAGUCCCAAUAUUUUAUUCUAAUCGACAUCCUAGCCUUAACCCUGGGAGAGAGUUGACUCUUCUGGUAAUUUCACUGUUUAGUUUUGUUCUGUUGUUUGUGAUUUCUUAAAUGCAUUCGUACAAGUUUUUGAGAGGAUUUCUAACUUGGCACAUUCUCAAGGUGCAACUUCUUGAACCAAAUUAUGUUUUACGAAAUGAAUUUCAUUAAAUAUUGUAGUAUCCUCAUUA